CUGGCUUUUUACAGUUCUGAUACAACAACAACACCAGAUUGUGAGGCCAUUAUUAAAAACUUGACUAAAGAAGAAGAUAUUGAAAUGAAUGAAUUAGCUCGCUAUAUCCAACAAGGAUGGAUAUACUUCAACCACAGUUUAUAUUACGUUUCAUCUACUAAAAACACCUGGAAUGACAGCAGAGAGGACUGUCUGCAGAGAGGGGCAGACCUGGUGAUUAUCAACAGCAGAGAGGAACAGAACUUCAUAAGAGAGUUUAAAAAACGGACAUGGAUUGGACUGACUGACGCAGAAAAAGAACAGACAUGGAAAUGGGUGGAUGGGACUACACUUACCAUCAGCUUCUGGUACAUCGGUGAGCCUAACAGUCUUUUUCAAGAUGAAGAUUGUGGAGAAAUCUAUUUCUAUAAAAGUGAAAACUCCUGGAAUGAUACACCGUGUGACACAAAAAAAGUCUGGAUUUGUGAAAGAAAAAUGUAG